AUGAAUUUCAUCGCGGAAGUACCGGAAACCUGUGGCCUGCAGACGGAUGAUUGUGGGAAUUUGCACGUUGUGAACGGUCGGCCGCAGCUGUCAAAGGCCGAAGACUGUGACUGCAGCAAAUGGGGAAUUCUCAGUUCGCACAGCGAUGCCUUUGAAGCGUUGAACAUGGACGUGCGCGUGUCGGUGCUGGGGCGCAUUGGUCAACGCAAGAAGGUCACUGGCUGCAGCAUUCCCUACGUGGGACACCGUGGCAUCACCUUGGGUCAGCUACGGACCUUCGCGCGCAAGGCGCAUCGGCAGAUGGCCAAGCUGCACCCGAAGACACCCUGGGAUCACUUUACGGUGGCGCAGAUCUGUGAGUUGGUCGUCAAGAAGGCGAUAACGG